CCUAACACUGAUAAGCCUUGCCGCCUCCUUCUAACUCUACCUACCUCUUACUUACGAGGUAAUAGCGUCGCAUAUUCAUUUAUACAAUACUUACCUUACCUUACCUUACCUACCUCCUAAGUAGCUAGAAGAUAGACCUUCACAAUGUCGACACAUCUCGCAGCAUUCCUUACCGGAAAGGGGCAGCCGCUCGAAGUCCGGGAAAAGCAGACGCCCAAGCCGGGCCCCGACGAACUUCUUAUCGACGUGAAGUCGAUCGCCUUGAACCCCAUCGACUGGAAGCAGCGCAACUUUGGUUUCGCCGUCGCCGAUUACCCCGCCGUGGUCGGCUCAGACGUCGGCGGGGUCGUGCUCGAGGCCGGCUCCAACGUAUCCGCCAUCUUCAAGCCCGGGACUCGCGUCACGGCUUUUGCGCCGGCCUUCUUCGCCCAGGGAGCUCCCGAUUACGGCGCCUUCCAGCAGCGGCCUAUCAUCCCGGCGGUGAAUGCCGCUCCGAUCCCCGACUACCUUUCUUUCAACGAAGCUGCCACACUUCCUAUGGCUUUUGCUACGGCGUGGUCCGGCUGGGAAACUAUCGGUGUUUCCCGCACCACCGCCUAUUCUCCCAGCGACAAGCAAGGCCUUCUAGUCUGGGGCGGUUCUUCUAGCGUCGGCACCGCAGUGAUACAAAGUGCCAAGCUACUCGGUUUCACCGUGUACGCCACCGCGAGCGCCAAGCACCACGACUACAUCAAGUCGCUAGGUGCGUCGCGAGUUUUCGACUACAAGGAGCCCAACGUGGAAGACGCCAUCGUCAAGGCGGGCAAGGAAGACGGCCUCACGUUCCAAUACGGGUACGACGCCGUGGGCGCUACCCAGUCCUGCCAAACCAUCCUGAAAGCCCUAAAGGGGAGCGGGCCGGCUCACCUCGCCUCCGCACCCCCCUUAGACCCCAACGGGCCCACUCCAGAGGACGUCGAGACUAAGUUCGUCGCUGCCUCGACCGACGAUAAGGUGCGGGAAGGACAGUUCUCGUUUAUUUUCAACACGUGGUUGAAGGAGAAGUUGAAGAAGCGCGAGAUCGUGCCGAGCCCGAAGAUUCAAGUGGUAGAGGGAGGCCUGCAUGGAAUCAACAAGGGCCUUGAUAUCUUGAAGGCUGGGGUUAGCGGCACGAAGCUGGUUCUCGAGCUUUAGCGGAUAGAUACGAUAUUAAAAUUAUACGAUGCAGUUGAGAUGUCUUAAUUAUGACUAUGGAACUAGAGAGAUUUCUCCGGGAUACAUCACUGUGCGAAGCCAAU